AUGCGGAGAUGGCCGCCUCCCAUCUCAGGCGUCGCCCACCGCCGCGCGGCGUCCGCGGCCGCGGCCGCGGCUACGGUUGCACCCCCCACCGGCGAGCUGGUCCGGCAACACAACCGCUCCCUCGCGGCUCUUCUCCGCCGCGGCCGCCUCGCCGCAGCCUGGCGCCUCUUCGACGCUCUCCCAGUCCGCGACGUCGUGACCUGGAACUCGCUCUUAGCGGCGCUAGCCCGCCGCAGCGACGUAAGCGCUGCCAGCGCCUUUUUCGCCUCCAUGCCCGUCCGGGACGUUGUGUCAUGGAACACUCUCCUCGCCGCCUACUCCCGCUCGUCGCACUCCCAUCACCUCGCCGCCGCGCGCCGCCUGUUCGACGAAAUGCCACAGCGCGACGGCGUCACGUGGAACACCCUCCUCAGCGCAUAUGUGCGCCGCGGGCUCAUGGGCGAGGCUGGGAAGCUGUUCGACGAGAUGCCGCAGAGGGGCGUCACUUCUUGGAACACGAUGGUCACCGGGCUCUUUGCUGCUGGUCAGGUGAGCAAGGCCCUCGACAUGUUCAAUGCGAUGCCUGUGAAGGACUCUGCGUCGCUGGGCACACUGGUGUCUGGGUUAGCCAAGAAUGGCCGGUUGCAUGAGGCAGAGGAGCUGUUGACAAAGCGCUUGAUGGUGACAGAUAUGGACAAGGCUGUUGAUGCUUACAACACACUCAUCGCUGCGUACGGGCAAGUUGGGAGGGUGGACGAUGCCAGAAGAUUAUUUGAUAUGAUACCCAGAGGUCAGAAUCAGCACCAGAUGAGCAAUAUGAGGGUGUUUCAGAGAAAUGUUGUGUCAUGGAACACAAUGAUGAUGUGCUAUACCAGAACUGGAGAUGUUUGCUCAGCUAGGAUGCUGUUUGAUGAGAUGCCGGCUAAGAACUUGGAAUCGUGGAACACUAUGGUUGCUGGGUAUGCCAAGGUGUCCAAUAUGCAGGAAGCAGAGAAGCUGUUUUGGGAAAUGCCAGACCCUGAUAUGGUGUCUUGGAAUUUAAUCAUACGAGGAUUCACACAGAUAGGAGAGGUUGAGCAUGCCCGUGGAUUUUUUGAUAGGAUGCCAGAGCGUGCAAUCAUCUCCUGGAAUACAAUGAUAUCAGGUUAUGAACAAAAUGGGGACUAUGAUGGUACAAUUGAGCUAUUUUCAAAGAUGCUAGAAGUUGGUGGGAUGCCUGAUCGGCACACCUUCUCUUCAGUUCUAGCAGCAUGUGCGUCGAUCCCUAUGUUGCCCCUUGGAGCUCAGCUCCACCAACUUAUUGAGAAGUCGUUUCUGCCAGAUACUGCAAUUAGCAAUGCCCUUAUAACAAUGUACUCCAGAGGUGGGGCAAUAACUGAUGCGGAAGCCAUCUUCAAUCAGAUGCAUACGCAAAAAUGUUUAGUGUCUUGGAAUGCACUGAUUGGAGGUUAUGAACACCAUGGUCGUGCAACAGAAGCCUUGCAGCUGUUCGAAGAAAUGAGGAGAGCCGGGGUUAUGCCAACGCACAUAACUUUCAUUUCUCUUUUGAGUGCAUGUGGAAAUGCUGGCCUUGUGUCCGAAGGAUGGAGGGUUUUCCACACCAUGGUCCAUGAGUAUGGCAUUGCUGCUAGGAUUGAGCACUACUCAGCACUCGUCAAUCUCAUAGGUCGACAUGGUAAGCUUGACGAUGCAUUGGAGGUAAUCAAUAGCAUGCCAAUUACUCCAGACCGAUCUGUGUGGGGAUCUUUCCUCGGAGCAUGUACUGCGAAGAAGAAUGAACCACUGGCUCACAUGGCUGCAAAGGCACUAUCCAAGAUUGAUCCUGAGAGUUCUGCUCCAUAUGUUCUGAUUCAUAACUUACAUGCUCGUGAGGGAAGGUGGGGAAGUGCAUCUGUGGCAAGGGAAGAGAUGGAACGGAAAGGUGUUCACAAGCAUCCUGGGUACAGCUGGAUUGAUUUGCACGACAAGUGGGCUUAUUUUGCUGGCUUUGUAAGGCGGGAGUUGCACAAGCCAAGAAACAUGGGGAUGAGCCAGGCAACUCAAAAAGAAUGGAUUCCAAUGGAGAACAAAGCUUCUGGCCUUAUGGGCCAUGUGUUUGGCAUGAUAGUUACCUGCUUGAAGAGGAGGCGCUCCUCUGCAGUCUACCCUUCCCGAGCUACGGCUGCCAACCCUUGUGCUCUAUCGGCCCCGCUGUCGCGCAGAGCAGCAGUCUACAAGAGCUCGCAUGCAGCUCCCUGUCUCGUUCCUUGCGACACAGGCGAGCUGGAUACAAGCUUUGAUGAUGAUCUGCUGAGGUGCUGGGAGGCUAUUGAGCAAUCUGAUAACAACACAGAAGAGAGUGGGAAGGGGCUGCCACUAGUGUGUUAUGGCGAGGAGAACGGAGCAGCAUCCAACGCCAUGAGAACAGACUGCGUCAGAUCAGAGAGGGUGCUGACGUUCGAGCUCGUGUCGCAGUACUUCUACAUGCCGAUCACGCAGGCGGCUCGAGAGCUGAACGUCGGGCUCACCGUCCUGAAGAAGAGGUGCAGAGAGCUUGGGAUUCCCCGGUGGCCGCAUCGCAAGCUGAAGAGUUUGCAGGCCCUCAUCAACGACGUCGAGGUCCUGCAGGAGGCAGGCAAGGCGAACGAGGACGGGCAGCUGAGGGCGAUGGUGGAGAUGCUGGAGCAGGAGAGGCGGCUCCUGGAGCAGAAGCCGUACGUUGAGCUCGAGGAGAAGACGAAGAGGCUUAGGCAGGCCUGCUUCAAGGCCAGCUACAAAAAGAGACGACUCUUGGCUCUUGAACCUGGGGAUGCAUCCAAGUACUAUUGA